UCAUAAACUCGAACCCAGUGCUAACACUGAGAAAAUUACGGAUAUUUUUAUUUUUAUUCAAACCAUGAGUCAAAUGAGCAAUCAAACAGUGCUUUUUAAUAUCAAAUACUGUGAUGUGUGUAAGUUCGGAAUAUCAGGAAUCUUAAUGGAAAGACCGAAACUUCUAGGUUUCUACACCUACAAUUAUGAGAACUAUGCACCGGCACAGUAUGUGAAAUACUUUAAAGAACCACAGCCGCAGGAUUAUCCCUUAGAUUUGAAUGAGGGAUAUUCAACGUGCCGAUUUAGAGAACCAAGCACAGUGGAGUCAAGAUUGCAUUUGCCAUUACGAUAUGCCAUGUCUUCGGUUGAAGUUAGUUCAACUAGUACAUUGAAUUACCACAAAAGGAGCGCCAUAUACACUGGGCGCCGCGUUCUAACAAAAAUUAUGCAGUGGUGCUACGAAAAAAAAUUCGACUUCCAUGUACUGGUAUCCCGUUAUAAUGGUAAUCUGUAUAUGGCUGGAGAUCGCUCCUGGGAGGGAAUUCCCUCGAAUGUUCAUCACAAACGGUUCGAGCAGUUGCUAUUUGCUGAUUCCCCUGAAAAGCCUCCAAAUUGCGAUGAACCAAUCAAUGAAAACAUAACACAAAGUGUUUUGCAUCGCUGUAAGUUGGGAAAUUAUGAAAUUCUAUAUGCUGGCGAAGCUCAGGGCAUCAUUUCCGAGGAGAAGAUUGAAAAUCUUGAUGACAUGGAGGCUUUGGACAAAUGUCGUUUUGUUUUUACCAAACAAUUAUGGGCUAAUGUAAAGGAUAAAGAAAAUAAGUUUUUAACAUAUUGGAUACAGUCGUAUUUAUCAGCCAUCGAUGAUAUCUAUGUGGGCUACAAGAGUUUUGGAGGAUUUGUUGAAACCCCAAUUGAAUGCAUGAAGAUAUCGGAUAUGCCGCGGAAAUAUUCGUGGGAUCCGGCUGUAUGUUUUGGAUUUUUAAAUUAUUUUCUUGAACAAGUCGAACAAUUGAUGUCGAAAGUCAACUGCCUGCAUACAGUGUAUGAAUUUACAUUCCGCGUCCGAGAUAAAGCCACUGUAUAUGAAAUAUACGAAGGUAAUUCGGAUAAAUCAUUCAUUCCCCAGUUCUACGCUGAUUUUGUAGCCAGAGGCAGUCCGAUGGAAACAAAUGACGAGACUAAUUAGCAUUUAGUUUAAGAUACGCUUAUUAUUGGGUUGCCCAAAAAGUAAUUGCGGAUUUUUCAUAUAGUCGGCGUUGACAAAUUUAUUCACAGCUUGUGACUCUGUAAUUGCAUUCUUUCUUCUGUCAGUUAUCAGCUGUUCCUUUUAGCUUGCUUUAGAAAAAAAGUGUAAAAAAAAGUAUAUUUGAUUAAAGUUCGUUCUAAGUUUUAUUAAAAAUGCAUUUACUUUCUUUUAAAAAAUCCGCAAUUACUUUUUGGGCAACCCAAUAUAUUUACAAUGUUUAAAAGCCAAAACACUUCUAUGUCCGCAUGUCUCUGCUGAAAUCAAAAUAAAAAUGAAUUCUUAUUA